AGCGGCUCCGGGCUCCCCGGUAACGGCGCGUCCCGGACGGGUCCCCUGGGGACAACGGGGGGGGGGAUGGCGUGUGUGUGACCCCCCCGUGUGCCCCCCCCCACGGUGUCCGGGAGCCCUCGGGGGGGGGCUGUAAAAGGGGGGGGGGGCCCCCGCACAUCCCCCUUAAUCCCCGGGCGGGGCCAAGGUCCCCGGGAGGCGCCGCGGGCACCGGGAGCUGCGCGGCCAUGGACAUCGGUGGCCUGGAGACGGUGGUGGCCAACUCGGCCUACGUGUCCGCCCGCGGCGGCGGCGCCGGCACCUCCGGGGCCUCGAGCCGGGACCGGCGGCACCGCGCCCGCCUGCGCCUGCCCCACAUCUCCCAGUGCGAGGCCCUGCGCGCCCGCCUGGCCGGCGGCGGCCCCAGCGAUGGCGGCACCCAGGGGGCCGCGGGGCAAGAUGGCGGCGCCCAGGCCGGGGAGGAGGAGACGUCCUUCCGCUGGCAGUGCGUGGAGCAGCCCAUCGGGAAGCGGCUCUUCCGCCAGUUCCUGGAGGCCACGCCGGGACUGGCCGCGGCCGGGGCGCUGUGGGCAGAGCUCGAGGCCUUCGAGUGCUGCGAGGAGGCGGAGCGCGGCGCGGCGGCCACAGCCCUGAGGGGGCGCUUCUUCACCCCGGGAGGGGCCGAGCACUGCGGCUUCCUCAGCGCCGCCGCCAUGGCGCCGCCCGCAGGUCCCAGCACCCCGGAGGACUUUGGGCUGGCGCGGAAGGAGCUGCUGGCACACCUGGAGGCGACGGCGUGGGCGCCGUACCGCGCCUCACCCUACUUCGGGCGCUUCACGCAGUUCAAGUGGCUGGAGGCGCAGCCGGUGGGCGCCGAGGCCUUCGCCGACUUCCGCGUGCUGGGCAAGGGCGGCUUUGGCGAGGUCUGCGCCUGCCAGCGCCGCGCCACCGGCAAGAUGUACGCCAACAAGCGCCUCAACAAGAAGCGGCUCAAGAAGCGCCAUGGCUAUGAGGCGGCGAUGGUGGAGAAGCGCAUCCUGGCGCGGGUGCACAGCCGCUUCAUCGUCUCGCUGGCCUGCGCCUUCCAGACCAAGACCGACCUCUGCCUCGUCAUGACGCUCAUGAACGGCGGCGACCUGCGGUACCACGUGUACAACGUGGACGAGGACAACCCCGGCUUCCCCGAGCCGCGGGCCGUGUUUUACACCGCCCAGAUCCUGCUGGGGCUGGAGCACCUCCACCAGCACCGCAUCGUCUACCGCGACCUCAAGCCCGAGAACGUCCUGCUCGAUGACGCCGGCCACGUCCGUCUGUCUGAUAUGGGGCUGGCCGUGGAGCUCCGCGAGGGGCAGAGCAAGACCCGAGGCUACGCCGGGACCCCGGGGUUCAUGGCACCUGAGGUGCUGCGGGACGAGGAGUACGACUGGGCCGUCGACUACUUCACGCUGGGGGUGACGCUCUUUGAGAUGGUGGAGGCCAGGGGGCCCUUCCGGUGCCGCGGGGAGAAGGUGGAGAACCAGGAGGUGACGCGGCGCACGCUGCACGACCCGCUGAGCUUCUCGGAGCGCUUCAGCGUGGCGGCGCGGGCGGCCUGCGAGGGGCUCAUGGCCAAGGACCCCGGCGCCCGCCUGGGCUUCCAGGCCGGGAGCUGCGCCCAGCUCAAGGCGCACCCCGUCUUCGCCGCCGUCAGCUGGGGGCGCCUCGAGGCAGGCCUGGUGCCCCCCCCCUUCGUGCCGGACCCCCGUCGGGUGUACGCCAAGGACCUGGGGGAUGUGGGGGCCUUCUCGACGGUGCGGGGCGUGGAGCUGGACGAUAGGGACGCGGCGCUGUGCGACGCCUUCGCCUCGGGGACCGUCCCCGUGCCCUGGCAGGAGGAGCUGAUCGAGACCGGCAUCUUCCAGGAGCUCAACGUCUGGGGGGACCCCGGGCAGCUGCCCCCCGACCUGGACCCCAACACCGCCCCCGCCGGGGGGGCACGCUCGGCCACCUGCAGGCUGCUGUGAUAGAUUCUGGGGGGGGCACUCCCAAAUUAGGGGGGGUGGGGGGGUGUCAGGGCCUCAUCUGGU